AUGGUCGCCAUUCCAGUCUGGGCCCUGAAGGUCGGCUGCUUCUAUGGCCUUAUAACCUGCGACUCGGCCCCAGGUGUUUGGCCUAAGAGUACUCCAACUGUCAUCGCCUACCGUCCCCCGACCUCCACCCCUUCUAGCACUCCCAGCAGUUCUGUUGGUGUGACUAGCUCUGCAGUCGUUACUUCUACCCCUUCAGUGACCCCAUCUGGGUCUGGGUCUGUGUCUGUGUCGUUGUCUUCGUCUCUUGGCGGAUCCUCCAUUGUCCCCACCAGUACCCCUGCACCCUCUACAUUCAUUACCGCUUCCUCUUCGGGUUCCAUCCCGUCGGGUUCUGCUUCAAGUUCUGUCAUUGUUACUGUCUCACCUUCCUCGAGCCCUCUUGGUACUUCUACUCCCUCGAGCCCGGCCUCUAGCUCUGCUGUUUCAUCUUCUGGAAGCGCUUCUGCUUCCUCUCCUGUGUCCAGCAGCCCGGCUUCAUCUAGCCCAGCAACCUCGUCGCCUGUUUCGAGUGCCGCCUCUUCAAGUGCUGUUUCAUCUGUGCCUUUGUCCUCCUCAGCCGUCUCUUCUUCGGCUGUUUCGUCAUCGGCCGUUUCUUCGUCAGCUAUCUCCUCAGUUGCUUCGUCUUCGGUAGCUUCGUCUUCUGCUGUCUCAUCCUCAGCAAUUUCGUCUGUUCCUCUGUCUUCAAGUGCUACCGUGACUCCCAGCAUGUCUUCCACCGCUGUCUCCAUUUCGGCCUCGGCCUCGGCCUCUGCUACCCCUCUCAACCACGCUGCUGUAGCAGCUAACAUCCUGGUCAUCGCCAGAGAUGCUGCCUCGGUUGGUGUUGCAAGCUCCGGUCUUAAUGCCUACGGUAUUCCGUUCACCAGCCUGAUUGUUCCCUCUGGUGGUGUUGCUCUCCCUGCGCUCAAUGGUACUGCCGGUGGAAACUUCGGCGGUAUUGUCGUUGCUUCUGAAGUCAGCUAUGACUAUGGUACUGCUGGAUUCCAGAGUGCCUUGACCACUGAUCAGUGGAACCAGCUCUAUGCCUACCAGCUCGAGUACGGUGUCAGAAUGGUCCAAUAUGAUGUCUACCCCGGUCCCAAGUACGGUGCCACCGCUCUUGGUGGAUGCUGUAAUGGUGUCGAGCAGCUCGUCUCCUUCAGUGAUAUCAGUGACUUCCCCACCUCCGGUCUCAAGACCGGUGCGGGUGUUAGCACCAGUGGUCUCUGGCACUACCCUGCCUCUAUCAGCAACACAACCUCGACCAAGAAGAUUGCCGCUUUUGCUCCCACUACUGGCUUUGACACCGAGAGUGUCGCUGCCGUCAUCAACGACUUCGAUGGCCGUCAGCAGAUGGCCUUCUUCAUUGGUUUCGACACUACUUGGAGUGCUACCUCCAGCUACCUGCAGCACGCAUGGAUUACCUGGAUUACCCGCGGACUCCACGCUGGUUACCGUCGCGUCAACCUGAACACUCAGAUUGAUGACAUGUUCCUUGAGUCUGACAUUUACUACCCGGCUGGGAACACCUUCCGUAUUCGCCCCGAGGAUAUGGCCAACGUGGCUAGCUGGACUGAUGCCAUCAACGCGAAAAUGCCUGCUGGUAGUUCUUACUAUGUUGAAGUUGGUCACAACGGUAACGGAAACAUCGAGAACUCUUCUUCGACUGACGCUGGCAACACUGCUUGCAAUAAUGGUGCCAUCGAGUAUGAGUCGCCUGCCGAUACCCCUCUUGAGUGGAUGAAACCCAUUGGAACCGGCACUGACCUGUGGCCCACUACCCCCAAGGCCUACGACUGGAGCGCCACUUGCAGCAACAUGGAUGAGCUCCUCAUUUGGUGGACCACACCGAGCAACAUGAACAAGUUCGGUCACAUCUCCCACACCUUCACUCAUGAGGAGCAGAACAACGCCACUUACGCUGACGUCCUCCGCGAGAUUACCUUCAACCAGGCCUGGCUAGCUGAUGUCGGCAUUGACAAGGCAGUUCACUACACUGCUAAUGGUAUUAUCCCUCCCGCCAUUACCGGUUUGCACAACGGUGAUGCUCUCCGCGCCUGGUGGGAACGUGGCAUUACCCAGUGUGUUGGUGACAACACCCGCCCUGCUCUCCUGAACGCUGAGAACGCCAUGUGGCCAUUAUUCACCACCGUUGAGGCAAACGGCUUCGCUGGUAUGCAGGUCAACCCCCGCUGGGCCACUCGUAUCUAUUACAACUGUGAUACCCCUGCCUGUACUCUCCAGGAGUGGAUCGACACCUCGGCUGGUAGUGGCACCUUUGCCGACCUCCUGGCCACCGAGAAGGCUGACACCAUGCGUCACCUGUUCGGUCUCUACCACGAUGGUUACAUGUUCCACCAGGCCAACCUUCGCAACACUGACGUUGACCCCAUUACCAUUAACGGUGUCAGCGACAAGUACAGUAUCAUGCAGGCUUGGGUUGAGACCGUGGUUCAGGAGUUCGUCCGUCUCGCUGAGUGGCCCAUCAUCACUCUCACCCAACAGGAGUUGUCCUCUUCCUUCCUGGCCCGUUUCAACCGUGACAAGUGUGGUUACUCUCUCAAGUACGCUACCGACAAUAAGCAGAUCACCGCCAUUACAGUCUCUGCUACCGGCAACACCUGCACUGAGCCCAUCCCGGUGACCUUCCCUGUUGCUCCUACCAGCACCCAGGGCUUCACCACUGAGCAGCUCGGUGCCGAUCCCCUGACCGUCUGGGUCAAGCUUUCUGGCUCCCCGGUCACCUUCACUCUUUCCACUCCCAUUUCGUUCUAA